UUUCGUUGCUGGCACACCGAAGGCGGUGCGGUACGCGCGCGCCAACCGACAAUGUGUGCAGUGACAACCGCCAGAAAGCGAACCGCCGGACACACGCUUAUCGUUCGAGCGACUGGGUUCUGUGAGUGUGCAUGUGCGGUGGCGGUGGCGGCGUGUGGGGGCGCUUGUGUAACAGUUUGACUCCUGUGUGCGCCUUCGUGCCGAUUGAGUUAGUGUUCAUUUGGAUCGCUAGCAUGCUAGACGUGGCGCUCCGUUAAAAUUGUAUAAGUACAGCGACUGAAGCGAAACUAAAUAAAUAAAUUGUCGCGAGCGUUUAUUAUUGCCGCAAUUUGCGUUUGUAAUUGUAUUUGCUGAAGCGCGCGCGUUGUUGUAGACACAACAAAUAACAGUAUUUUGUUGGGAAAUAAUUCGUGAGUUAAACAGCUGAUACUCGCUAGUGUUACCCGCGCGGCGGGUGUUUCAUUUACUUACACUAACAAUAAUAACAAUAACAACAACACCAUGACGUCCUUGAGCCAACAGUGCAAUCCGCGCGCCAACGUCUUUCUAAUGGUCAAUUUGGGCUGCGAAAUGCUCUAUGUGAUUGAUCAACGUCUGAAGGCGCAACAAAUUUGUGAGGAAAAGUCAACUCAAGUUAUUCACGAUGUUACCGUUGUCUUACUCGAGCCGAAGUUCAUCGAUUCCCUCAUAGUUGGUUCGACGCACAACAAUUCACAGUUACUUACCGUAGAUCAUUGUAAAUACAUGCUGAAUGACAUUGCGACCUCAUCAAUCAUGCGUCUGGACAAAAGCUCCAUGGAUAAAUUAUGGAAUCUUAUGACAAUGAUCUACAAAUGGCAACUUUACAUCUCGAAAAAUCCACAAGAUCUACUCGAUAUAACUUUCAGACACUUGGACGCGAUCAGUCGGCUGCGACCCGAUGCACAACGCACUAUGCUUGUUGACUUCACCAAGAAUGUGCUGCUCGAUUUCUGGAAUGUACUAAGUGAUGACGGUCAAUGGGGCGUCUAUCAAACGAACAAAGCAUGGCUACAGUGUUUCAAUACGAAAAUAUCAUUACUCAUACGCCUCGGUUUCCAGAGUUUAGAUGGCACUUUCGUGCGUGCCGUAGAGGCAAGCUAUUACAAGGAGUUCGUCGAAAGCGUCGGUGAGAAUGUGUAUGUGAAGAGUGUGGAGAAUGCGGAAACGCUGCGAAAAGAGACGACGAGACAAAAUGUCGAUCCGCUGGCGGAGCUGCUGAAUUUGCCACAAAACGAUAAUGAAGACCUGCAACCUAUUGAUGCGCAUAGUUUUCAGAAACAAUUCGAACAGAAUUUGCAACAAUGCAAUAUUUUAUUUUUCGAUUUGGACGUGAAUGAAGCGACGACCACAAAUAGCGGCGGCGUUGAGCGCAAACACGCGCCGGAUACAGUUGAGAAAGACUUUGCAAGUGAUAGUGAUUUUGUUGGUGCUAUUGGCAGCAGUGAGAUAUUGCCCGAUUCCUCAUCGAUGUUGGCGCCAAAGCGACGCGCGCAAGGCGAAUUCGUGCAAUUGCCGGCGGUGUAUAAUCGCAAUGCGGACGGUGGACGUGCCGGCGCUUUGGGACUCAAUCGUGAUUUGCUCGAUUUAUAUAGUCAAAUACUGUAGGUGAACAAAGUGUGGCAAGUGCAACAAUGGUUUCAGCAAAUACUUACAAAAAAACAUACAUACAUACAUAUGCAUGUAUGU